UGGUUCACACACACACACACACACACACACACACACACACACACACUCAUAUUCAGGUGUAUAUAUAAACUCUGCGUCUCUACAGUUGGGGAUCCAUCACCACUAAGGCAUCAUUAUGAAAGUCGUAGCUCUUGCCCUGACCCUCCUCUUGGCUUUGGGCUGUCAUGCCCGCACCCUGCAGGCCGAUGCUCCCACCCAGCUGGAGCACUACAAGGCAGUUGCCUCGGUCUACCUGACCCAGGUGAAGGACCAGGCCUACAAGGCCCUAGAGAACCUGGACAGAGACAAUUACGAGCAGUACAAGUUGACGGUCACACAGAACUUUGACUACUUCUUGGGGAAUUAUGUUCUUUCCCCCUCCACCCCCCUGAAACCCUUUGCCGACGUGUUGUUUCGUGUAGCCCUGGUUGUAAACUACUUCCUAAAAGAACUGGAUGGCCUUUAUGACAAAGUGGAGCCACAUCGUGCUGAGUUACGCCAAGCCAUCGAGAAGCACCUGGACGAGGAUGUCGAGCGUCUCAUCACCAUCUUCCAUGACUUCAUGGCUGAUGAUCAGAAGGAGAUCAAUGCUCUUCGCCAGAAGCUUCAGCCUGCCCUCGAUUACCUCAAGGCCGAAGUGGACACCAACAUUGAGGAGACCAAGACCAAGCUUGCCCCUAUUGUCGAGGCUGUGCGUGGAAAGCUCACAGAAAGGCUACAGUACCUGAAUGACCUGGCCAGCCCCGUGGCUGAGGAGUACAAGGAGCACAUGCUGAAGGCCAUCGAGGACGUCAAGGAAAAUCUGGCAACCCACACCACCCAGCUCCAAGGCCAAAUCGAGCCCUACAUGGAGACCCUGAGAGCCAAAUUCCGGUCUUUCUUUGAGUCUGUCGCCCAGGCCAUUCACACCUAAACACGGCUUCUGCCAGGACUCGCAUUCUCACACUCGCACAUGAACAUAUUCAUGCAUGAGUUUGUAUGUCAGCUCCAACAUCCAUGUGAUAUAAUGAUGCAAAAAAUAUAUAUAUAUUUAAAAAGACA